CCGCGGCCACCAUGUGGAACAUCUUCAAGAAGAACCAGCAGCCCGAGGCGGCUCCGGCCACCACCACGGCCACCAUGCCCGCCGGGCCCGUGGGCAACUCCACCGAGAGUGGGGGUGCCGGAGGGAGCAAGGAAGACAUGUUUGCCAAGAUAAAGGAGAAAUUCUUCAACGAGAUGAACAAGAUCCCCCUGCCGCCCUGGGCGCUGAUAGCCAUCACCGUGGUGGCCGGCCUCCUGCUCCUCACCUGCUGCUUCUGCAUCUGCAAGAAGUGCUGCUGCCGGAAGAAGAAGAACAAGAAGGAGAAGGGCAAGGGCGCCAAGAAUGCCAUGAGCAUGAAGGACAUGAAGGGCGGGCAGGACGAUGACGAUGCAGAGGCUGGCCUCACCGAGGGGGAGGGGGAGGGCGAGGAGGAGAAGGAACCGGAGAACCUGGGCAAGCUGCAGUUCUCCCUGGACUACGACUUCCAGGCCAACCAGCUGACCGUCGGCGUGCUGCAGGCCGCAGAACUGCCCGCCCUGGACAUGGGAGGCACCUCAGACCCUUACGUCAAAGUCUUCCUCCUCCCAGACAAGAAGAAGAAAUACGAGACCAAAGUGCACCGCAAGACGCUGAACCCCGCCUUCAACGAAACCUUCACCUUCAAGGUGCCGUACCAGGAGCUGGGGGGCAAGACCCUGGUGAUGGCCAUCUACGACUUCGACCGCUUCUCCAAGCACGACAUCAUCGGGGAGGUGAAGGUGCCCAUGAACACGGUGGACCUCGGCCAGCCCAUCGAGGAGUGGAGAGACCUGCAGGGCGGCGAGAAGGAGGAG